UGUGCAUUCUUUCUAUCUGCCAUUCUGCCUUUCCGUAAUGUCAUGUCUUUUUGUUAGAGUGAGUGAUGCAAUAGUUUCUCUAUUUAACAUUGGCAUUUCAUGAAAUCAUUCCUGUAUAAACUUCAACCAUUGCUAUUUAAUUUACAUCAUUGAUCAUUUUAAUGGAUAAACAAUUUUUCGCUGUGUUAUAUUUAGUGAAGUUGAGUAAAUUGUUAUUGUGACAGCCAGGGUCAUUCCUAACCUAUUACAAUGUCGUCUGCCAAAACGAACAGUGUAAACCCUAAUUCAAAACUGGCACUUUUCAAACACGUAAAAUAUGAACAUUUAAUAGCAGGUAUAACUGGAGGAGUAACUUCAACUUUAUUGCUUCACCCAUUGGAUCUUAUUAAAAUAAGAUUUGCAGUCAACGAUGGGCGGACGCCUGUGCCGCAAUACCACGGGUUAAGAAACGCUGUCACCACCAUCUUUCAACAAGAAGGCCUAAGAGGUCUUUACAAAGGGGUCACACCAAACGUGUGGGGAUCCGGAAGUGCUUGGGGAUUUUAUUUCUUGUUUUAUAACUCUAUCAAGAACUGGAUCCAAGGUGGAAACUCAAAAACACCGUUGGGCCCGACGAUGCACAUGGUAGCGGCAGCCGAGGCCGGAGUACUGACUCUGGCCAUGACCAACCCGGUGUGGGUGGUGAAGACGAGGUUAUGCCUACAAUAUGGACGGGAAAUAGACGUGUCCAGUAACCAGCAGUACUACGGCAUGGUGGACGCUCUCAAGAAGAUCUACAAAGCGGAGGGUGUUCGGGGACUAUACAAGGGGUUUAUCCCAGGAAUGCUCGGAGUAUCUCACGGAGCUCUACAGUUUAUGACGUACGAGGAGAUGAAGAACUGGUACAACAAAUCUCGACACAUGCCCAUCGAUGCAAAAAUGGGCACUGCCGAGUACCUGACCUUCGCCGCUCUCUCCAAGCUGUUUGCGGCGGCUGUGACAUAUCCGUACCAGGUGGUGCGAGCUCGUCUACAAGACCAACACCGCGUGUACAAGGGAACGUGGGACUGCGUGGACCAGACUUGGAGGUACGAAGGAACGAGGGGCUUUUACAAAGGUCUUCUCCCAUACUUGCUCCACGUCAUGCCCAAUAUAUGUCUAGUCCUGUUAAUCUAUGAAAAGUUCACGGACAGUAGUUAACUCGUCAUAUAAAUAGUUAAUUUGUAAAUAUUCUCUCGGUGCUAUCAAAAUUGUUUCUCCCGUUGACGCGAUAUCUCAGUCCCAGCUGGGUUAUUCAGAAUGUGUCGGAUGAUACGUUGUAUUGGAGAUUCAAAUAAUUAGCAAUUAAAAUUUCUUCAGUUGGAUAGCGAAAGAUAUUUAAUAACUUAUUUUUCUGUACAGUAGGUUUAACUUAAGUAAUUCCUCAUUUCCCAAAAUUAUUGGAUAGGCUUGUUACUUAAGCUAUAAUUUGGGACUUGAUUUUCAUUUAAUGAUUCCAGAAUGGUAAAUUUGCUAAAAUAAAACAUUUUUGUUGACAUGUUAAGUUUCACCAAUGUUAGGAUUCAUCAUGAGGCUAACGUAAAAAAAUGUUAGUUUUCUGGCAAAACAAUUUUUUUUAACACAUAAUGCUCUAAUCACUUGAGGUCUGGUACAAUUAAAAUUUUCUAGUAAAAUUUCACAAAAAUAAAGUAUUUUGUCCCUAAACAGAAUAAAACCCCCGUCAUUGGUUUAUAGAUUAUUAACUGCUUUUGUACAUACACUGUCUAAAUAUUUUGAAGAAUCAUUCAUUCUUAAAUUUUAAAAGCUUUGACAUUUUACGUUCUUGCCAUCCAGCAAACCAUCGUUAGUGAAAAAGUAAGAACUUUGACUAUAGUUUGUGCCCAAUAUUUUAUUUUUUAUUUUUAUAUUUUUUGUAGCCCAAUAGUUUGUGUCUCCUGGAGGUAUUUAAGCGACUCUUUCACCACUCUGCCACAAUCUAAGCCUAUCAUAUCCGUUAUUGCGGUGCUCGCGACUCACUCUACUACCAUAGACUAACCAACACAAGUAGACUCCUCGUCCCAUUGUAAAUUUUGAAGCUCGUUUUUCGUGUCUAGUUCAUGUGCGUCGACACUGAUCACUAGUGUAGACGAAAUUUCCUUUGUAUUAUUUUGAAAUGAAAUGAAAUGAAAUGAAAAAUCCUUUAUUUUUUCAGGCAAAGUUAGGGCCACAUGGCCCUUUCUUACACUUAACCUGACAUUAAAAAUAUAACAUAAAUAAUGUAACAUAGGGAUAACUUAAUCUAAUUAAACAUAAAAUAUUUAACAAUUCAAGUACCUACAUAUCUAAAAAAACAUAAAAAUUUAACAAAUAGAAAAACACAUUCACACACUCUCGCAUACACGCAUCAGCAAACGCGCAAGGUAACAGUAGCCCUAGGACACGCCAGCCGAGACCAUCUUCUCAAAAUAGAGCUUUUUCAGUGCCGCCACAAACUGGGAACGUUUUUCAAGGGUCUUAAUGUGUAGGGGUAGGCCGUUCCACAGACGACAAGCGGUAACAACAAAAGCCCUGCCAUAAGCUGUGGUCACAUGAUGAGGUAUACGCAAUGCAAUGUAAUCGAAGAAUAACGAGACAUUCGUGAACUACCCUGAGACACAAAUUUAAAAUCGGAUUUGAAAUAUUUUGGGGAGCCUGUUUUCAAAAUUGAAAAAACCAAUGACAAAAUUUUAAUGAAUCUAUUUUAGGGUUAUUUUUAUAAUUUAUGCUUACCAUUUGGUUAGGAGACCAGUUAUUGUUUAUGAUUAGAUGGUUUUAUUUGGGUAAACAAGGUUUUAAAUGACUGAAAUAACAAGAAAAAAAUUUUAAACAAAACACGACCUCUACAGUGCAACAUACAAAACUAACAAUAAAAUUGGCUUCAGCUGUUCUAUAAGGAUGAGAAAUAUACUAAAGGAGUAUGUUUAAUCUAUAGUUAUACUCUGCACACCCCAAUUUUCAAAUUUUUGUAUUAUAAUUUGAUAGGCUACAUCGGUUAUCAUUCAAAGUAAAGUGUGAGUAACAAAAAAGUAAUUGCCACACUGCUGAGGGUUCAUAUUUAAAUUAUUUGUAAAUAUUUAAACUAUUUGUGAAUAUGAAAUCUCCACAGCAGAGUUGUACUUACUUCAUUUACAACUUUUACUUCUUUUACACAAAAUAUAAAAAAGUAAUGUUAUUGGACACUUUUGUUCUUCUGAAACAAGAAUGAAAGAACAUUUUAUUAAAGUCCAAAGCCUAGUAGUUUAUUCAAUGCCCCAUGAGUUGUAGUCGUAGUGCGAGCGGCUUAAGUGAUUAAAUACUGAUUUAAAAAAAUUACUGAUAGUUAUGCCUGUAGGUGUAUUACCCGUGUUAGUUAUAUUGUUUCAAUUUUAACACCUACAGACAUUUCUACCAGUAAUAUCCGAGUAGCGGAUUCCCUCUUGGAGGCACAAUACCAAAGACGAGAUUAAUUUUUUUUUAGUAUAUUUUGGACACUAUACAUUUAACACGCCGUAAUAUUUUGAAACACUCCCAAUGAGCCAUUCUUUGUAUAAAGACAGAGAAACCAACUCAGUUACACUCUUGCGUUUGAUACUUUUAAAACAUAACUUGAAAUCAAUUAAUAAAAUUAUUGCUUGAUUAAUUAGUACUGAUUCUCAGUUGAUCUUAUUUGCUGAUACUGUACUUGCUUAUGCAUUUCAACAUCGCUACAAGCUAUGAAACAUUGUCAUGUUGUAAAAACUUUAUAAAAAUUACUCAGAGAUUUAACUACUGUCGAAUAACUCUCUUUAGGUUAGGUUGUAAUGAUUGCCUCUUAUCUGUUUGAUUAUUAAAUUAUGUAAUAUAUACCUUUAUUAUUUAGCAUGAUGAAUUUUAUUAUCUUUUGAGAGGUUUGAUUCAAUUUGAUUUGAUUUGUAUGGAUUUUAGUAUCUCCUUAACAUGUUCUACAAAUCUACAACCAUAGCUUUUAUUUUUUUAAGACAUGAGUAGGUUAAGAAAAUAAAAUGGUGGUAAGGGCUUUUGCUGGUAUUGUUACGGCUAUAGGUAUGAUCAAUAUCUUGAUAAAUUUAGUUGAUGUUACGAGUUGUAAAGUUAUUUUUUAAACAAUACAGAAUCAUCCUAACCGUUUUUGAAAAUUUUAAUUAGGCAUGCUUUUGUAAAAUAAAGAAAAUCUUUCCUGUGACAUAAUAUGUGAAUUUAAAUGAAUAGGUACUACCUCCAAAAGUGCAGUGUCGGUUUUGUUUCACAAGUUCUAUAGAUUAACCGUUAUCAUAACGAUUUAAUUAACUGUCAGUUAGAAUUUUUGUGCUACUGUAUUAAGAAAAUGUGAUGUUUACUUAAUCUUCCAACAAGUUUUAAAGUGAUCAAAAAAGGUGUGGCAGCUAACCUUUUUUGUCUUCCUCUUUCAGAGAUCAUAAUCAAAUUAAUUGUGCGUGUUUAAUAAAAGGCAGCUAUUUUAUUUCCAUGGAUAUUUUGUUACAUCAACACAUUAUUAUGUAAUCUAUAGUGAAGCGAUUGUUUAUUAGCAAAAGCUUAAACGUUGGAUAUGUUCAUGUCUUAAACACUAGUUACAUUGCUGAGUGGUUUGUUAUAUUUUUAAGAUAUUGAUUUCCACUUAUAUUUAAAGACUAAGUACAUGUUUAUUUUUGUAUUUAUUAAUGUCUAAAAAUAAUCGUAGGAAGCUUGAAUCAGACCCCUCUCAGGAUGUUGCUGUGUUUACAUUUGUUGUUAGAUGUUUAUCAUGAUAUAAAUAACUUUAUAUUCGGCACUAAAGUGCUUUUUAAAUUUAUUGGUCAAAAUCUUGCACAAUACAGUAUAAAUUUAAUUUUCUAAGGACAAAUUGGAUAUUUCAUCCUUAACUUUCCACUUAAAAUAUUGAUCUCAUUCCUCUCUAUUUUCUUAUAAAUUAUGUACAUUGGUUUCUCCAUAAAAAGGUUCAGGUAGAAAUGGUCCUUGGUGGUAUUUUUUAAACUUCCUAUAAUGUUAAAUACUUAAUUUGUAUCCUUCCAUGAAUCUGAACUGCUGCACAACCAAUCUACAGCAAUGUAUUACAAUAAUUACAAAACUACUUUCAUUAGAUUCAACAAUCUCGAUUAAAUGAGCCCUUCAAUCGUGACCACCGUAGAGAAUUUAGAAGAUAUAAAACUUAAUUAUAUCUCAGUGCAAGGUUCAAAAGUGGGAGAAACAUAACUUUAGAACAUACCUCAGUAACAAUGUUUAUUCAAGACUAUUGUAAGUGUUACGUUAUAACCAUACUGAGUUUUGCAACAUAGAUUUCCCUAUGCAUGAUUAACUUAUAAAAGAACAAAUUUGUAAAUAACUUUUACUACAUUAUCUCACAAAGGCUAUCAUGGUCGUUUUAAAUACAAAUAACUAAUUUUCUCUUUAAAAUAUUCUUGGAAGUUUUUUUUACUAUUAUUAUUUACCGAUAGUCGGGACCACGAAAGUUUCCAGUGAGGAGCCUAUUUACCACGUGACUUCGAAGAAGCCAAUGAGGACAGUGCGGUGUUGCCAAAUCUAAUAAUAACAGCUGAUUUGAAAUAUAUUGUUUAGUAUUUUAAUAAGUGUUGUCAACGGGCGAUAUGGCAACGUCGCACUAGCCUUGUCUUGUGAUUGGCUGCUGCCAACCGCAGAUGGUCGUGGUCCCGACUAUAGUAAAUAUUGUUGAGUGUAUUGAUGCAAAAAAGUCUAGGUAGUAAAUAAAAGAGUUAAUAAAGAUAAAAAUUAGAACAUAUUUUUGUAAAUAAGUAAAUACUCAAAGUAAGUUUAUAAUUCAACAACAAACACAGGUUUUUUGCUCUCUUCAAAUACUCAAAAACAAAUAGUUAGUAAAAUAUCUUGUGUUGACUUGAUUUUUGUUUUACUUUUAAGAUCAAAUAGGAUUGUUAUCAGCCAAAGUUAACUGAAACAUUUAAAGUUAAUUAAACUGAAUGUGCAACAGCAACACAAUUAGAAUUAGAAAAAGCUAUUUUGUAAACAUUUCUCUAGCGAAACGUAUCACUUUUGCUUUAUUCUGUAAAUUAUGUAAGACUAUAUUUUACUCGUUAACUUUUCUUUUUGUUGUCAAAAAGCAAAUAUUUUGUUUGUGGAUUUUUCAAACGGAAUACAUACAUUAUAAUAAUACUGACAAUUACAUGACACACUGGGCUGUAUAAAUGACAGUGUGUGCAGAGCUACUUUUCUAUUAGUGGUGCGGUUGUGAUAGUUGGGAGUAUAGAAGUGAGUAUUGUAACAUAUAAUAAGACUGUGAUGCAGUGGCUGGUCCACUACCUACCUUCUGUGUGUUACAUUAAAUGUAUCACAAACCCA